AUGAACAUCAGCGAUGAGCCUCACCCUAUGCAGUUCAAACAAACUGGAAAACGCAAAAGCCGUUCAAACAGUCAAGAACAAGUUCUACAACGGACACUUCUUGAGCGUCGUGGAACCGGGUUAGAAGAAGCAAGUGCCCCGGAUGACUCUGAAUCGCACCAAGCGAAGCGACGAUCAAGCGCUCGAGACAAUCUGGACGAAGAGCAAAAGGGCAGUGACGAAGAUAACGAGGAUGCUACAUCUCAAGUCUUUUGGCGAGCGAGUGCCAAUGCAGUCGAAGGUGUUGAAAAGACAGCGGCUGUAAAGAAGACACCUCGUCAAGCUGCGUCAAGUGUUGAAGCAAGUGGAAGACCAAGCCUCGCUAUACCGGUGGGUACCGGUAUGUACCAGUAA